AACACACGCCUUUCCUGUGUUAGUAUAAUAAUAAACAAUAAUAAAUAAUAGCUACUUUAGAGCCCCCACCUCUAACCUUUAUUCGGGAGCUCCUCAGCUAAGCUAAUGGCAAUGGCUACCUUUGAGGAGAUCAGGAAGGCCCAAAGAGCCCAGGGUCCUGCAACCGUCCUUGCCAUUGGCACCGUCACUCCUCCCAACUGCGUUUUCCAGGCUGACUAUCCUGACUACUACUUCCACAUCACCAACAGCGACCACAUGACUGACCUCUAACACAAAUUCAAGCGCAUGUGCGACAAGUCAAUGAUCAAGAAACGUCACAUGUACCUGACUGAGGAAAUCUUGAAGGAAAAUCCAAACAUGUGCCCCUACAUGGCUUCAUCUCUGGACGCGCGCCAAGCAAUAGUGGUGGUGGAGGUGCCAAAGCUGGGAAAAGAAGCCGCAACAAAGGCCAUCAAAGAAUGGGGACACCCUAAAUCUAAGAUCACCCACCUUGUUUUCUGCACUACUUCUGGUGUAGACAUGCCUGGUGCGGACUACCAACUUAUCAAGCUCCUAGGACUGAGACCCUCUGUGAAGAGGAUCAUGAUGUAUCAGCUAGGCUGCUUUGCUGGUGGAACCGUGCUUCGUCUCGCCAAGGAUUUGGCUAAAAAUAACAAGGAGGCUCGGGUUCUGGUGGUGUGCUCCGAGAUCACGGCUGUCACUUUUCGUGGACCCUCUGAUACGCACUUGGAUUCUCUAGUGGGCCAAGCAUUUUUUGCUGAUGGCGCUGCAGCUGUCAUAAUAGGUGCUGAACCUGAUUCCAAAACUGAACGCCCACUAUUCCAGCUUGUAUCAGCUGCUCAGACAAUCUUGCCAGAUUCAGAUGGGGCCAUUGACGGACACUUGCGUGAAGUCGGCCUCACUUUUCAUUUGUUGAAAGACGUACCUGGAUUGAUCUCAAAGAACAUAGAAAAAAGCUUGGUUGAAGCAUUCUCACCAAUUGGCAUCUGGGACUGGAACUCCAUCUUCUGGAUCGCUCACCCUGGUGGCCCUGCAAUACUUGACCAAAUCGAAGCCAAACUAGGUCUCAAAGAAGACAAACUCAGGGCUACCCGUCAUGUGCUGAGCGAGUUUGGCAACAUGUCAAGUGCAUGUGUGUUAUUUAUCAUGGACGAGAUGAGAAAGAAAUCCCUUGACCAAGGAAUGCCGACCACCGGUGAAGGGUAUGAGUGGGGUGUCCUUUUCGGAUUGGGGCCAGGUCCCACUGUGGAAACUGUUGUGCUACACAGUAUACAUACACAGGCAAACUGACCAAGACAAAAAGUAAGA